UCAAGCAGUGUGCCACUCAGAGAGCGGCCAUGUCGAGCGCCUUCCUGGGCUUGCCGAUACGAGUGUCGCUCUUGGAUGGCACGGUCGUACAUGGCACAGUCAGCGACAUCGAUGCCAGGCUAGGCAACCUCAAGCUGGUCGCUCCCGUACGACUGGAGCAAGUUGGUAAACCCAUCCGCUCUUUGCCCGACUAUGUCGUUCAGCGAGCGUUUGUGAAGGAGCUGCAGCUCGUCAAUGUGGCUCCUGAGCCCUCUGCUCUCCCCGCUGCUGCACACCAUGCACCGGCAACCUCUGCGGCGGCUGCAAGGCCAUCCUCAUCCACACCGCUAGCCGGCGAGCGCUCUCAUGAGACCGUCAAGCCGAGCAACGGCAAGUCCCAGAAUAAGAAGAAGAAAAAGAAGGCCAAAGUACCCGUCGUGGACAUGGGCAGCACGACAGAGCAGACAGUCGACGAUGAGUUUGACUUUCAAGGCUCCCUGAAACGGUUCGACAAGGCAUCCGUGUGGGCCGAACUCGCUAGCGGAGAUCAGUCUGAUCCCAGCCUACGACUCGUUGCCCACAAUCGUAACAGGGACAUAGCUCGCUACACGACCAAGCUUGCGCAUACCGAGAAUGUCUUAGAUCCAAGCGAAGUGCACGACAUUGUAGCCACGGAGAAUGAUGAGACGACAGAUUACGACUCUGCCGCUGCACUGCCGACGCCGAAACUCACCAUGACUCGCUCAAGUCUGGCUGCAGCUGAUCAUACCUCUUCUAGCGAAGAGGAAGAGACCGAGCUUGAUUUACCCGAAGCGAAAGUGCCAUCGCGUCGACCCAACACAUCACGCGCCGCGUCCAUGUCCAAGCAGGGCCAAGCUGCUCUGGCAGUCCCACGUCCAACCUCGAAAGCUCGCAAAUCUGCUACAAAGCGGAAAGGCUCUUCUACGCGGCAGCCAAUUUUGGCGCUCACUCACAAAGAAUGGUCGGAAGUGCAGCAGAUCGCUAGCAUAGAGACUGGCCCGAAUCUGGCGCAACGGUGUGAGAAUGCAGGAAGAGGUUUGGCGGAGACGAUCGCCUCGCUUGCGCCUGUCGACGUAGCCCUCGAGCGACUCGAAGUCGUCUUGAUCUGCGGCUUCACAAGCAAAGCGACUUAUGCGCUAAGAGCGGGCGCGCAUCUAGCCAAUCGCUCGAGUCCCGUCGUUGCCUUUGUCCCGCCAGAUGAUCCGCCACAAUCCUUGAGCUUCUAUUUACGGCUCUUUACGUCUGCGGGCGGCAUUGUCGUGCGCUCGCUCGCGGAGCUGCCGAGUCAACCCGACUUUAUUGUCGAAGCUAUAGCCGACAAUGUCCCCGAACCACGCAAGAAGUCAGGCAGAGCUCGACAGGAUCAAGAGCUUGCGAAUUGGAUCGAUAAGCAAAAGGGCGGUCAUGUCAUUUCGAUCGACCUUCCGAGUGACGUCGAUCCGGACUCGGGCGUCUCUGCUGUUGAAGAUCGAUGGGCUGUUCGAGCCGAUACGACCGUCGCUCUUGGCUGCCAAAAGGCAGGCACCGUCUCGCUCUUCCGUGCUGGCUCCAUCGUAGUCGUCGAUAUUGGCUUGCCCGCGCAAGCCUUCACUCGCAGUGGUCUCGAAGAUUGGACUUCGCCAUUCACAGGACCAGGGCUAGUCUGGAAAACGACAGUGCGAUGACAAAGAGGUUGCAUAUGGGUCAA